CGACUGUCCAGCUGAGGGACAGCUCCCCAGCCACACAGCAACCUCCCACCAUCUCCUCCUCUCCGCGAAUUCCAGGCGCAUCCUCCUUCCCUCCCCAGAUCACACCGAGCGGAACCGAAUUACGGCCAGGACCCACCCGCAGAACAUGAAUUGAACGCCAUGUCCUUUUCCUACGACCGCUACGACCGCUACAACCGCUACGAUCGCCGCCAGGCCGCCCAGCGCCGCACCACCCUGGGCUACUGGGUGCCCCUCAUCCUCACCGUCACUGUUGCAACCGCGGGGCUUGCCGCGUGGGUGUGGAGCGAGCGUCGCGACGAUGAAGACGACUCGUCGGACGACGCAGACCUGAGCUAUGGCGAGGAGCGCGACCCCAGGAAUCCGGCCGCGUCGCAGGGCACCACGCGAGAGGACGACAGUCUUGUGUCGCGUGUGCAGGGCGUCAUUCGGCGGACCCCCAGUCCCCAGCAGCUCUUUGACAGCGUGAGCAAGAAGACGGCUGCCGGUGUGGCCGCCGCGGGGGCUGCUGCGGGCGCAAUGUUGGCCUCCAUCCGAGAGGAGGACCGGGAUGACUUUGGCGAUCACAGUAGGUGGUCCGAGGAGGCUGCCCUGCGGCGUAAUGUCCAAGCCCAGUCGUCUCAGAGCACCACUGCCGUUGAGACUCAGGCCAAGUCAUUUGCUGCCUCCGUACGGGGCGGACCCCAGAGUGCUCAGAGGCGGAAGACGGUAGCUAUCGUCGUGUCGGCCGAAUCCCUGCUUGACAACCCACAUAAUGAAGGCUCCUAUCGUUCUGAGAACGCGACCAUCCUUUCCCUACUCCCCGACACCGAUUUCUCUCGGACCAAACUCUUCGUGCUCAUUUACUCUCCUUCCCUGCGAGGACGGCCUGAAUCGCAGGCCGGGCCGGCUUCUCUCGCGUCAUCCUAUUCAGCCAUCUCCACUCCGGUUCACACGCCUGGAGACGAGCUCAAGUCGAUUAACCCACACCCUGACGAUGGCGCGUACACCCCUUCGCUGUCGGCACGCAGUUCAGACAACGUCUUGUGGAACACACUACAUGCACAGGCUUUGCGCUUAGUCGAAAACCCUGCCAUGGUUAUGCCCUUCGCCACCCCGACUGGGUACGUGCACAUGCUUCGGCACAUUGGACCGGACCUCGUCUACGUGGUAGACGCUCUAAGCGGCGCAAACGGAUCCAACAUCGAAGACAUCAGGCGUUGGGUAGGACAGACCGUGGUGGUCGUUGAUAGCGAUGGGACUGGGCUUGGUGCUCUGGUGGAUACGGAUGAUGAAGGGCCAGCAUCUAAAUCCGUGACGGAGCACAGUCAUCUACAUGGCGAGAAGUGGUGGGAGAACGCAGACAUGGUGGGCCUGGGCAAGGGGGUCGAGAUUGUCGAUGCAUCGCGACUGAUGGAAGACUUCGAGAGAAGGGCCGGCGGGCGCGAGUAGAGGAGUAAUGGGAGAUGUGUCUUUUCUUGAUAAUCAGUAGUUAUCAGCCUGUUGCUGUCUUGGAUUUGCUUCGCAUGACCCUGAAUAUUCCAGCUUCUCUCUGUUAUUGAUUGUUACAUGUCUUCCUACGCAUGUACUGCCCUGGUGGAGCACUCGAGUUAUUGUUUGAAGUCACGCGUCACUGCAUCAAGAGGCCUCGAGCAAUCUCUUAGCUCGUCAACCACUUUCAG